AUGAAAUUUUCAACCUUGGUCACCAGCCUCGCCCUCGCGGCCGUCGCACCAAGUACGGUGUCAGCUGCAAUUCUGCGCCGCGUGAGGAACUUUGGCAGUAAUCCGGGCAACAAUGAGAUGUAUAUUUACGUUCCGAACAAUGUGGCUUCUAAUCCAGCAGUUAUCGUUGCGCUUCACGGCUGUCUCGGCUCUGCAACCAGCUACUACCGCGACGUCGAAGACCUGCCCCCAGCCGCAGAUGAGCACGGCUUCAUCGUGAUCUACCCCGGCUCGCGCGACGACUUUCGCUGUUGGGACGUCAACACCGAGGCGUCGCUCACCCACAACGGCGGCAGCGACUCACUCUCCAUUGUCAACAUGGUGCGGUACGUGCUGGACACGUACAACGGUGACCCAACACGUGUCUUUGCAACUGGUUCUUCCUCUGGCGCAAUGAUGUCGCAGGUCCUUGCCGCCGCGUACCCGGAUGUCUUCUCGGCUAUUGCAGCGUACUCUGGUCUUCCUUAUGCUUGUCUCCGUGGUUCACCCGGCGCGUCGCCAUUUACGGCUGAUCAAGCGUGUGCAAAUGGCGAGGUUGUCAAAUCGGGGGCUGAGUGGGCGGCGGAAGUAGACAAGGCCUGGCCGGGGUAUAAUGGGACGUAUCCGAAGAUUCAGGUGUGGCAUGGCACGAGUGAUAGUGUCAUCUCGGAUGUGAACUUUGGCGAGGUCGUGAAGCAGUGGAGUACAGUGUUUGGAAUACAACGGACGAGGGUGAACACUGAUACACCAAUUCGAGGGUAUACCCAGAGCAUCUAUGGCAAUGCAGGACAGCUGGAGGCGUAUCUCGCAGAAGGCGUUGGACACGUUGUGCCGACGCAGGUGGACAGUACGUUGAGGUGGUUCGGGUUGAUAUAA